GGAUUGUGUCAUUCGUCAUUGCUAUUUAUGGCGGUUGGUGUGAGGUUUAAGUAAUAGUUAGGCUUGUGCGUGUGCCUUAUAAUUGUCAUUAAGAUCAAUAAAUAGUUGAAUUAUAUUGUAUAUACAAUCGUGAGUCGUGUAUGAACACAGAGCUCAUUAGUUAUUUGUUCGGUAUAUUGUAUAUUUCGUUGUUUCAAGGUCGCUUUAUUUCUCAAACGGGUUCAUUUCCAAAUGUAACUAUAUCCCACUAUAAAAGUUGUGAAACAUUUACUUUUAUUUGAAUCAGUUGUAACCGACCAUUAAAUAUGGUAGUGGACGUUGAUAAACUUUCUGAUGCGGAGCUCCGUACUAAGCUCCUUGAAUUCGGUUUUCCAGUGAUGCCCAUAACUGGAACAACUAGAAAGGUUAUGGCAAAGAAAUUAAAAAUGCUGCUAGAAAACAAAAAUAAAAUUGGGAAUGAGGGAGGUAGAAGGUCUCUUGGAAGGUAUUCCAGUGAAGAUGAAAGUGAUAAUGAUGUUAAAGUUACAAAGAAAAAAGAGAACAGAAGGGUAACUAUGGCAGCACCUUUGAUGCAACCACCGGCUCCGAGUAUGAAGGUUAAAAAGAACAGCCGUUUUAAUGAACAACCUGAAUUAGAGGUGCCAGAUAGCCCGAUAAGAAAGGAAAUCCGUACUACUACAACCAGUAAAUCCCAUAAGAUUGUUAGAAGUACACAAGAUGAGUUUGAUACUGGAUCUGAUUCGGAGCCAGAUCUUAAUUACCAGUCCAAAGGAUCUGAUCGAUUAAAUUCCUCAUUAAUAUCUUCUGUGAAUUCUUCUAUCAAAUAUUCACCGCCGAAAUCUGGGGAAACGUCAUAUUCGUCAAGAAACAUAUCUUUCAAUACAAAUGUGUCACCUAGUAGACUUACUAGUUACAAUUCACCUUCUUUAGCUUCAGAAUACGCUACUGAUAAAUUGAACCAGAUCCGUUCCAGGCUGAGUCUUAAUAAUCCAAGUUAUGAAAAAACAUCUUAUUCUUUAACUAGUGACAGGGAGGAAACACCAUUCUUGAGUAAUUUUACAAAGAGACUAUCAAAUCUGUCCUCUCAGAAAAAUGACUAUGAUUACAAAAACGACAUUAUCAAGGAACAUGACAUCAAUGGAUCAUCUGGAACUGCGUCUAUUAGAAGUCAGUUGAACAGUUACAGAUCUACUCGAGGCAGGGAAACAACUUACGACUACAGAACCAAUAGAAACAACAUUCUUAAGAAUAAUUUCGUAUCUUUCGCUGUUCUUGCUGGAGCUGCACUGUUUUUUGUGCUUUUAGCUAUCAUGUAUAUGGGCAUGAGAUCUGAUACUUCUGUUAUUCCAUCCGAUUAUAAUGUACCACAUUGCGUUAACGACGACCCCAAGUCAAAGAAGAUGGUUAAUUGUGUUUCGGAAAACGAUGUUUAUACAGCUAUCCAUUUAUUAAACGUCAUUAAACCUGAAUUAACUAAAAGGGCUGUAGCGCAUACUUGUUUCGAUCCCAAAAUCAAACCCCAAAUGACCGAUUAUGAGAUUAUCAGUUUUUGUCUAACGAAUUAUGCCAUUAAGGAUCACGAACAAAUCAAAAAUGACUUACGUAAUUUAUUUAUAUUAACGUUCAAAAAUCCCCAGUGGAAUUUACAUGUUGCACAAACCGAAGACAAUACUGGGGUUGUUAGUGAAAAGGAUCUUUCGAAAAAUAUGGAACAAGUGAUAUUCAACCAGGAUAAAAAGACGACAAGUUUGAUUAUGCUGAAUCCUCCACUACCUUGGAAAUGCGUUUUUUAUAACAGUUUUUCAUUCAUUUUGAAUAGCGUGAUAUUUAUUGUAUUGGUUUUCGGAAGUUUAUAUUUAUCCAGUUUAGGUUAUAAGUAUUACAAGUAUCAUAAUCAAAAACAGAUCGACGAAAUCGGUUUUAUGGUUGAAAGAAUUAUCGACAUAUUACAAUCUAAUGCUAGCGAAGACUUGAAUGGAGAAAAUUUUGUUGUUAUUAACCACGUUAGGGACAUGAUUUUACCAGUUGGAGAAAGACAAAAUAAAAGUAGUACUUGGACCAAAGCUGUCAAGUUUAUUAACGAACACGAAUCUAGAGUAAGAACGGAAGUACGAGAAGUAAAAGGAGAACCGUUCGAAGUAUGGAGAUGGAUAGGAAAUCCGAAUAUUAGUAACAGUAGGAACGAUUCAAGCUUUGGGUAUCGUCAAGGAAGAAGAAUUGUAGAUCCGGAAUAUUUAAUAAACGAAACACUUAAAUUUUCCCAUGGAUUUUUAAGAUUCUGCAAAAAUUCAGAUGUUAUAAUAAAAAAUGAAGUCAGAGAGGGUUUCGUUUCGGUAUUUGUAUUGGAAUGUAGGAAAUGCAAAGUUCAACAUUCGAUUUGUAGUGAAGAACCCGAAUCAGAUUUACUAAGUGCCAAUUUGGCUUUUAUUGCCGGAAUAGUCAGUUUAGGAUUGAACUUAUUCGAAUUGAAUGAACUUUGUAGUUCUUUACACAUUCCUUUAAUAUCAGCAGAGAGUUACAAACACUAUUUGAAAGAAAUUUUUGAUAUUUAUAAUGAAACUGAUCACUCCACUUAUGAUAAACUGAAACAUGGAGAUACUAGUUUUGAAAAAGUGCAUUUGAUAUCGUCUACUCCAAAAUUAAAAUAUCCUGAUGAUUCAGAUACAGAUAUUAUUUCGUCUUCUACUCCAGAUCAGACCGAUAUCAGUUUUUAUGAAAUUAAGAAAAAUAAAUUCCUUGAGGAAUUGAAAAAAACUCCAAAAGAAAUAGAAGAAAUAUCCAAGUUGACCGUAAAUCAAAAAGAUAAUCCGGUAUGGUUUCAAGAAAGAAGAAAGAGGCUAACUGCCUCUAAUUUUGGACGUAUCUGUAAACUUUUAGAUACGACCAAUAGAAAGAAUAUCGUAAAAAGUCUAUUGCAUUCUAAUUUUGUCGGAAACGUUUUUACGAAAUAUGGAAACGAUAACGAAAAGUUUGCUAUAAAGGAUUUUGAAAAUUUAAUAGGAUUAUCUGUGACUUGUUGCGGAUUAUUCAUAAGCUAUGAUUAUCCAUUUUUGGCAGCUUCUCCCGAUGGAUUGAUUGAAAAUAAUGCUCUUAUUGAAAUAAAGUGCCCUUACAAAAGUAGAGAUAUGUCACCAGAAGAGGGGAUAAAGCAAAAACUGAUACAAUUCGCUACUUUAGAAAAUGGAAUUUUCAAACUGAAAAGAGACGAUAAAUAUUUUUAUCAAGUGCAAGGGCAACUCUCCAUAACCGACAGAGAAUUUUGUUAUUUUGUUGUGUGGACGCCAUACGGUUUGUUGUACGAAAAAAUUUGUCGAGAUUCUCAAUUUUGGGAAGAAAAGAUGCUCCCCAAAUUGAAAACUUUUUAUUUUGAUCAUGUUUUACCUGCUCUUCUGAAAGAUUAUUAAUUGAAUAUAAAAAUCUCAGAAUAAUUCUAAAGCUCAGAGUUUCUUGAGAUUCUAGACUUUUAUGAUUUUCUCUUAGAUUACAUCCAGAUAGGAUCAGCUAUUUUACAUGGUACCCUUUUACUUUGUGAUUCUUAGAUUAAUAUGAAUUGUCAGGCUCAUCUGUUGGUAUGAUUGGCUACGUUGUACUUUCUGUUUACAUGCCGUAUGAAAGUGAUUCUUAGAUCAUUUCUGUCAACUAGAAUCAGCUAUUUUACAUUGUAUGAUUGGUAGUACUUUGUGAUUCUAAACUUAUGUGAUUCUUUGUAUGAUUACAUUUGGUAUGAAAGAUUCUUAGAUCAUCUCUGUUAACUAGAAUCAGCUAUUUUCUGUGAUUAUUUUUUAUGAUCACAUAUGGUAUAAAACUGAUUCUUAGAUCAUCACUGUUGACUAGGAUCAGCUAUUUUACAUGGUCUGAUUGCCUUGGUAGUACUUUGUGACUCUAGACUUUUUAGAUUAUUUUUUAUGAUUACUUCUUGUACGAAAGUGAUUACAUCUUGUAAGAAAGAUAUUUUUAGAUUUUCAUGAAAAGUUAUGACCAUCUGUUCUACCUAGUAUGAUUUGUUAUUCUAGACUUUUGUGAUAUCCUCUAUGAUCACAACCCGUAUGAAAGUGAUUCUUGGAUUAACAUUGAUAGUCCUGUUGGUGUCAUUGGCUCCGUGGUACAUUGUGAUUUUUUUCUAUCAUUAUAUUAUUUAGAAAAUUGAUUCUUAGGUUAUCAUCGCCAGAUAGGAUCAGCUAUUUUACAUGGUAUGAUCAUCUCCAUUGUAAUUUGUGAUUCUAAACUUUUGUGAUUAUUUUCUAUGAUUACAUCUUAUAAAAAAAAGUAAUUUUUAGACUAUCAUGGUCAGUUUAUGUUUACAGUUGGCUCUUUCGUGAUUCUAUGCUUAUGUGAUCUUUUCUAUGAAUUAUAUCAUAUAUGAAAGAGAUUCUUACAUUUCCUUUAGGUUGAGUAUGAUUGGCUUUGUGUAUUCAUUUUUUUUUUUCAUAUUGAUGUUAAUUACAAAUAAAAACUGCACCCUAUUUUUAACAAGGUUUUAUAAUUAUCAAUAUAUUGAUAUAUCUCAACAUAGCUAAAUAUUAUUAUGUUUGAGCCAUUACUCGGUGUCCUAAUUGGUUUAUUUACGUUCUGUUUUUUAAAAUUAUGUAUGGAAAAAUUUUAAAAAGAUGCUUUUAUGUUUUUUUGCUCAUUUAAUUUGAUAAAUAAUAAAUUUUGAUAAUCCAAACACAGGGUGUUCCAAUAAAUAUUGUACUGUUUAAGGUCAUUCUAUUUACAAACACACUGUGAAUUAAUCUAAUUAGUUCAAUAAAAAAUAACAACGAUUUAGAUCUUAUGAAAAAAAAAUAAUUUAAUAAAAAUUCUGCAAAUACAUAAAAUCGCCCAAAAAAUAAAAGAGUUAUGUAAAACUGAAGUUGGGACUCUAGGUUACGUCAAAAAUAUAGCCUCGAAUUUGGAAACUUGUCUCCAUAGACUUUCCAAACCAUGUGAUUCAAUAUGGUGUUUGUGGGCAAACAGUUUCAAUGUAUGCAUUAGUAUUGAGAACGUUUUCCUGUUUUCUCUGUAAUAAAAUGCCUAUUGUAGUCAAAACUAACUGGAGUUGAGUAACAACAAGCGUACAAUCGAUUCCAGUCAAUAAAAUAAAAAAAAACUGUAGAUGGGUCAAAAAACAAUGUGUACUUUGAAUACUAAAUUCUCCUAUUUGCCCACAGACGCCAUGAUGGGAAAAUGUUGACAGGUCUUUAAAAUUCCUGGUUAGUUUAUUUAGCAACAGUUCAAUCUAAUAUAGAGCUAUAAUAAUAUGUGAUAUUGUAUAACCGAACUUAUUGUUAUAUUUAUUAUAGUUAACUUUGUUUAACAAUAAAUGUAUUUUGCUACUUUUUCUUGCAUGCAAUAACAAAUAAUCGAUCACAAUUUUAAUAUAUUUCUUUCAAUGGAGAAUAUCAAUAUAUAUUUUUUUCUUGUAA